AUGGUAUCAGAGCCGCCACGCUCCCAUGAGCAUUCAUCACCUAUUUUCAUGGCAGAAACUCAAGGCAACGCAGCCACAACCACUGUUAUUUCCAACCCUGCUAUCAUAACACCAAAUUCAUUGAUUGCCAUCAAUGCUGCAGCACAAUUGCCCCUCAAGCUCACGCCAAUAAACUACUUAACAUGGCAUGCUCAGUUCAAUGCCCUUCUUAUUGGCUAUGAUCUUCUACAAUAUGUAGAUGGCUCUUAUCAGGAACUACCCAAAUGUUUGCAUGAUGCACCUAAUCCUGCUCAUAUCAUAUCUGAUGAACUAUCAAUCAUUGGUGAGCCUCCCAGUGAUAUUGAUUUGGUAGUUCAUGUUCUCAAUGGUCUUGGUCCUACAUUCAAAGAAAUUGCUGCAGCCAUUCGCGCACGUGACAACCCCAUCAGCUUUGAAGAUCUUCAUGAUAAACUUGUUGAAUAUGAAAACUUUCUCAAACGUGAAGAGGUGUGCUCUGUAUCUCCUUCAAUCACAGCUCGUGUCACUCAACGAUUUGGCCAAUCCAGCACCUCUACUCCUAGGCACUAUCACAAUAACAAAGUCUCUUCCAAUAAUCGUGGAUAUCAGUCAUUCUCCAACUCCAAUCAUGGUUAUCAAGGUGCAUAUCAGCCUCCACGAAAACAUCCAGGCCAAGGGUACAAAGGAUUCUAUCAAUUAUGUGAUCAACAAGGACAUAGUGCCAAACGUUGUCCUCGAGUUCGCCCUUUUACCUCUACAUCUCCUACUACCAAUUACACCACCACUGCCUCUUCGAAGUCACCAAACUGGCUUCUUGAUUCUGCAGCAUCCCAUCAUGUCACCGAUGACCUCACCAAUCUCUCACUCACCUCGGCUUAUGAAGGUUCGGAUGCUAUUGUUAUAGGUGACGGUACAGGAUCUCCGCACGAGGGCGACUCUCAUUCGAGGCCAGAAUAAAAAUGAUGUGUACGUGUGGCCUGAA